AUGAAAACCUAUAUCUGUAAGCUCCCAACAUUGGCCACCCCGGUUCCCGGGGACCCGUUGCUCCUUUACCUAUCCGCCUCGAAAACGACCAUAAGUGCGGUCAUGAUGGUAGAGGGGGAGGGGAAGCAAAUCCCCAUAUAUUUCAUCAGCAGAACACUUAAGGGGCCCGAGGAACGAUACAUGCCUCUAGAGAAACUCGCGUUGGCUCUGGUCUUUGCGUCCCGCAGGCUCAGGAGGUAUUUCCAAGGGCAUAAGGUCACCUUAGUGACCGAUCAACCCCUUCAGAAAGUGCUUAGAAAACCAGAGCUGUCGGGGCGACUGGCUAAAUGGGCUGUAGAGUUAGGGGAACACUCUCUGGAGUUCAAGCCCAGAACGGCCAUGAGAGGACAGAUACUGGCUGAUUUCCUGGCAGAAGUCCCUGAGGACGAAGAGAGGGAGCUACUAAAGUGGGAGGCCUUGGAGGAGGAAGAGAGAAGAAGGGACGAUGAGGCUGUGUGGAAGUUGUUCACUGAUGGAGCAUCCAGUGAAGAAGGGAGCGGUGCAGCCCUCUUAGCGGGGAUGAGGCUGGCACAGAAGAUGAAAGCGAAGCAAGUGGAGGCUAGCACCGAUUCACAGUUGGUAGUAAAGCAGUACCAAGGAGAAUAUGAAGCCAAGGAUAGCACCAUGGCUCAAUAUGUGGCGAAAGUUAAAGAGGCAGCUAAGGCAUUCAGAACCUUCAAACUAGAGUACAUCCCUCGUGGAAGGAACAGGAAAUCUGAUGCACUCAGCAAGUUAGCUUCGGUAGCAUUCGACCAUCUCGCGAAAGAGGUGAAAGUGGAGGUCCUAACAUCCUCCUCCCUUAACACAGCGGAAGUUGCCACGGUUGAAGGUCCUCAAGAAACAUGGAUGACCCCAAUUAUCAAAUUCCUCCGGGACGGAACGCUACCCGAGGGGGAAUGGGCGGCCAGAAGGAUAAGGGUCAGGGCCCUACAAUAUGAACUGAUCCAGGGGGAGCUAUACAGAAGAUUGUAUCUGGGCCCAUCCCUGAAGUGUGUUAAUAUGGAGGAGGCCGAAUAUGUGAUUAGGGAGAUGCACGAGGGGAUUUGCGGAAUGCACUCAGGACCAAGAACAGUAGUGAGAAGGGCAAUGAACGCAGGGUUCUACUGGCCACGAAUGUACGAAGCAGCAUUUGAGGAAAUCAAGAAGUGUGACAACUGCCAAGUGCAUGCACCAAUGACCCAUCGACACAAACACCCCAUGAUACCAGUCUCAACAUCAUGGCCAUUCCAGAAGUGGGCCAUCGACGUAAUUGGGCCUUUCCCGGAGGGUCCGGGAGGGGUCAAAUACGUGGUGGAAGCCAUUGAUUACUUCACUAAGUGGAUUGAAGCGAAGCCCCUGGCAAAGAUCACUGGGGAUCAAAUGAGAAGGUUCGUGCUGGAUAACAUUAUAUGCAGAUACGGGGUUUCGAAAGAGCUGGUGAGUGACAAUGGGGUCCAGUUCGCCGGAAGACCCUGCAAGCCAUGGUGCGAGCAAAUGAGGAUUCAAUAA